UGGUGCCACAAGACGAUUUGCUGUUCCCGUUUGUGGCCUUUUCUACCACUAGAGUCGUAAAUUGUGAAAAGCUGGAAAAACGCCUGGAAAACAGGAGCGCUCUACCUGAAAAGUCGUUCAGGCCACAUUGUUGGCUUUACCAUUCCUCCAAGUGCGAAAAAAAUCGUUUGGACCUGAUCCAAAAAUGUAAUGCAACGGUCAGAGGUAAAAUGGUGGAAUGGACCGAUGACUCUGAGCCCAACGUUCAACGAUCAUUGUAUGUUAUGAAGACAUCUUGGAAAGAAGCAAUCCUACAUCAUCCUUUAGAUUUUGUGGUUGAGUGCAAGUGGAAUGGAAAAAUCAUCCCUUUGACCGGUACCUCGUGCGACCAAUCCUCAUUUUGCGUGCGUUAUUACCAAGGUUCUUGGCAGUUUUUUGUCAACUACAAAGGAAAGCUAAUGAGUUCUAAGUUGGGUGAAGGCGCUGGCUUGGAAAUAACUCUGAAAGUCCCGCAAACUAAUCCGGCAGGUUUUGGAGUUAUCAACGAUAUGGAUGGUUUUAUCAUUGAAUUCGUUCCUCCAAAGUACAUCUCUGGAGCAAAGCGGAUAGUGGCUCAACCUGGUGCAUCAGUGUCAAUUGGUUUGCAGGAGGUUCAACACAAGAAAUUGCCAGCCCCAUUUGAAAGUAGUUGCAUUCAUUAUUGGAACGAAACGUUCUUUGGUGAGGUGACCGAAACCAUACGACAAAAAGUCAACCGAAACUUCAUCAGUUAUCACCAAGAAUCUUGCCAUGCUAUCUGUCGAAUCAGGCACUUGGUGGGCAAGUGUAAUUGCACAUGGACCAAAAUCGACCCAAAAGAUUUUGCUAACCUCUUUCACGCGCCAAAAUGCGAGGAGUAUGAUUCAGAUCAAUUAAGUUGCUUAACGAAGAAUGAUUUGGCCAUGAAGAGCAGCCGUGAAUUGUGCAAUUGUCAAGAGGCCUGUGAGAUGAUAUCCUACGACGUGACCGUCUCAUCCUCAAAAUGGCCGUCUAUCGAACUGUGGCGCAGUGUGAGCCAAGAGCUCGGAGUGCUCCCAAUGAAUUAUGCCGAGUCAAAUAGUCCAAUCAAUCAAACAAUAACAAGAGAGGAAGUAGCUGACCAAUUAGCACGAACCAAAAUUUUCUUUCAGUCCAAUCAAAGAACCAUAAUUGAGCAAAAUCCUAAGUUUGAAUCAUUCUUGGUCUUCUUUACCACGUGGGGCGGAGCCUUGUCCAUUUAUUUAGGAAUAUCAGUCAUAACAUUGAUUGGCCUUGCCUUGUCAUGUUGCGAAAUAAUGGUCAAAUUCAUGCGAAAAUUUGACAACUGUGCAUUGUAAAGUUCCACUCGAAAUCAUUAACUAUAAAACGCUUUACCUUAUUAAUAGCUACCAUAUCAGAUUUAAAAAAAAAAUAACUUCUCCUGUUACAUAUGUCAAAGUAGCUCAAAUUGACACAAAUGAGAGGCGGUAGAUUUCAUG